AUGUCACUAUUCUACCAUAUUUUCAUCAUAUUCUUUCUCACUGAUUUUUCGGAAUCACUCGGUGGAAAACCAUUCAAUAAUGCGUUGAGUCGAGAUAUGACUGGAAAGAAUUAUGCGAUUCUUGUUCUUUGUGAUGAAACUAUCAAAGGACACGCGAUAAAUGUGACAUUGGCGUUGAGAAAUGAUUUUGGUGAGGAAUUGGAGAGAAUUCAAUUCAAGAAUUCGAGAGAGCCAUUGGUUAUUGAGGAUCAUUUGGCAUCGAAUAUCACUGAAGUUGUUCUAACUGCUGAUUCAUCUGAUAUUCCAUAUAUUAUUCGAAAAGUUUCAUUGAGAAUUCGAGAUACGUAAGUUUCUGAAUUCUAAGAAUCUCAAAAGUUAGAGCAAUAUCAAAUCCAUCAUCGUUUCAGAUUGUUCAAGUUGCAUAUAAAUCAAGAAUGUGAUGAUGAACCAGAAUUUUUGACUUCGAAAACUGAACAAACAUAUUGGAGCAGAAGAAUUGACUGUGAAAGGUUUGAUCCCCGAAAAUUUUGUCCAAAAAUAAUAUUUUUUCAAAAUUUCAGAAAAGAUGUUUACUGUGAUGAUCGACAUGACGAAUUUAUUGGAUGUGAAAGUGUUUUUGUUUAG